CAGACUGGGUGCUCGGGGAGCUGUCAGUGUCAGGCUCUGGGAGAGAGGAAGUGAUCGCUCCCGGAGGAGCGCGAGCGGAGCGGCCGGCGCAGCGUGAGACAGCACAUCCUGCCCGCGCCGGCCCCGCCACCUUCGGGAGCCGCCUGCACCAACGCUGCCGCCGCCCAGGAGCCGCCGCCGGCUCGGGGAGCCCAGUUCCGCCGCUGCCGAGCGCGUCCAGGAAACCAAUAUGUCUGACAAAAGUGACUUAAAAGCUGAGCUAGAGCGCAAAAAGCAGCGCUUAGCACAGAUAAGAGAAGAGAAGAAACGGAAGGAAGAGGAGAGGAAAAAGAAAGAGGCUGAUAUGCAGCAGAAGAAAGAACCCGUUCAGGACGACUCUGAUCUGGAUCGCAAACGACGAGAGACAGAGGCUUUGCUGCAAAGCAUUGGUAUCUCACCGGAGCCGCCUCUAGUCCCAACCCCUAUGUCUCCCUCCUCGAAAUCAGUGAGCACUCCCAGUGAAGCUGGAAGCCAAGACUCAGGCGAUCUGGGGCCAUUAACAAGGACCCUGCAGUGGGACACAGACCCCUCAGUGCUCCAGCUGCAGUCAGACUCAGAACUUGGAAGAAGACUGCAUAAACUGGGCGUGUCAAAGGUCACCCAAGUGGAUUUCCUGCCAAGGGAAGUAGUGUCCUACUCAAAGGAGACCCAGACUCCUCUUGCCACGCAUCAGUCUGAAGAGGAUGAGGAAGAUGAGGAAAUGGUGGAACCUAAAGUUGGCCAGGACUCAGAACUGGAAAAUCAGGACAAAAAACAGGAAGUGAAGGAAGCCCCUCCAAGAGAGCUGACAGAGGAAGAAAAACAGCAGAUCCUUCAUUCAGAGGAAUUUCUCAUCUUUUUUGACCGGACAAUACGGGUAAUUGAAAGAGCCCUGGCUGAAGAUUCCGACAUCUUUUUUGACUACAGCGGCCGAGAGUUAGAGGAAAAAGAUGGGGAUGUUCAGGCUGGAGCCAAUCUUUCUUUCAAUCGUCAGUUCUAUGAUGAGCAUUGGUCCAAGCAUCGAGUGGUCACUUGUAUGGACUGGUCCCUCCAGUACCCUGAGUUGAUGGUGGCUUCUUACAACAACAAUGAAGAUGCUCCCCAUGAACCAGAUGGAGUGGCCUUGGUUUGGAACAUGAAGUUUAAGAAAACCACACCAGAAUACGUCUUCCACUGUCAGUCCUCUGUGAUGUCGGUCUGCUUCGCCCGUUUCCAUCCUAACUUGGUGGUUGGUGGGACUUACUCGGGCCAGAUUGUCCUCUGGGACAAUCGCAGUCAUCGAAGGACUCCAGUGCAGCGGACGCCCUUAUCAGCUGCUGCACACACGCAUCCCGUGUACUGUGUAAAUGUUGUUGGGACCCAGAAUGCUCAUAACCUCAUCACUGUCUCCACUGAUGGCAAAAUGUGUUCCUGGAGCCUGGACAUGCUCUCAACUCCACAGGAGAGCAUGGAGCUGGUGUACAAUAAGUCCAAGCCUGUCGCUGUUACCGGAAUGGCUUUCCCAAUGGGAGACGUCAAUAACUUCGUGGUUGGCAGUGAGGAAGGCACAGUCUACACAGCUUGUCGUCAUGGAAGCAAAGCAGGUAUUGGUGAGGUCUUUGAAGGUCACCAAGGGCCAGUGACAGGAAUUAACUGCCACAUGGCAGUGGGCCCAAUUGACUUUUCUCACCUGUUUGUCACAUCAUCAUUUGACUGGACUGUCAAACUGUGGACCACAAAGCACAACAAGCCGCUCUACUCCUUUGAAGACAAUGCAGACUAUGUGUACGAUGUCAUGUGGUCCCCCGUGCAUCCCGCGCUCUUUGCCUGCGUGGACGGGAUGGGGCGCUUGGACCUCUGGAACCUCAACAAUGACACCGAGGUUCCAACAGCAAGUGUGGCCAUUGAGGGGGCAUCCGCCCUAAACCGUGUUCGUUGGGCCCAAGCUGGCAAAGAAGUUGCUGUUGGGGACUCGGAAGGCCGUAUUUGGGUCUAUGAUGUUGGAGAGCUUGCAGUUCCCCACAAUGAUGAAUGGACCCGAUUUGCCAGGACCCUUGUGGAGAUUCGUGCUAACAGAGCUGAUAGCGAGGAGGAAGGCACUGUUGAGUUAUCUGCCUAGUGGAAAUGAGCCACUCCCACUGCAGCCACCACCUUUGUGUCCUAGAGCUCAGCAUCUGCAGUCAAGUCUCUUGUAUUCGGUGUCCAUUCAGUAUCAGUAUUGCUGUGACAUUUUGGGUGCCAUAUUGUGCCAGCUUUGCUCCAAGUAUUCUAAAUGUGUCCCACCAUGCUUUCCACUGACCCAAAAUUCACCACAGCAUUUCUAUCUUUAUAUUUCUGUCUCAAAAAUGAAGGGAGGGGGGUUAUGGGUUAAGUUGCUGCCUUUUAACUUCUUAGUAGCUGUAUUUAAUAGCUGGAAACCUCUGGUUAAAUUUGUGCUUACAUGCACUCCUGGCAUAGUCCUAUUAAAUCCAUAUGAAGCCAGAUAUGAUUGGGUGCAGAUGUGGUGUGCCUCAUGUUAUGGUACAGGGCCAAAGACUUGCGAUGUGGUGUUUUACAUGGUGACUCACAUUAUGAAUGGAUUUACUAGAAGAACAUUGCUGCUCCUUAUUUAUUGUAGUGUGCUGCAUGGAACGUAUUUAUUUGAAAGCAUUAAAAUAAACGAUCCUAGAGCAUGUGCAUAAUGAGAGGACUGUAUUCUCUCUGCUGCUGUUGAGGUUACAUUAAGUUCCAAAUAACAAUUACAGUAUGCGAGUUCCACUGAAGACAUGAAAUCUUUAGAGGUUUGUUGCAGUGAACAAAAUGAAUUUUAAAGCCUAUUAUUUCUGGGUACUUUAACAAUAUUUCAAAUAUCAUUGACCACUAAUACUUGUCAUUGAAGCUAACACAGUCUGACAAAAGUCUAUGGUUCCUAAAUAUGACAUCAGUGUUGCCAAUAAAAUGUUUCAAACCAGG